UCGACUAAAUCAAUGUCAUCAUAUCCCGGCGGAUACCCUAGUGGCGAUAUUGCGUGGGUCCUAACAUCAUCUGCUCUCGUAUGGCUUAUGAUCCCCGGAGUCGGUUAUUUCUACAGUGGUAUGGCUAGAAGCAAAAAUGCUUUGUCGCUCAUUAUGCUUAGCGUGAUUUCCAUCGCUGUUGUAUCUUUUCAGUGGUGGUUAUGGGGAUUUAGUUUAACGUUUGGCCCAGCUCCGAGUAAGCUCAUUGGUAAUUUGGACUACAUGUUUUUCCGAAAUGUCGGCAACACUCCAAUGAACGAAACUGAAACACAACCAAUGUCAUCAUCCAGCAAUUUGCCUGUUUCUGUAUUCGCCAUCUUUCAAUGUAUGUUCGCUGCCAUCACUCCCGCCUUGGCCAUCGGCUCUGCUGCAGAACGUGCACGUAUAAUCCCGACAACCGUCUUUAUUUUUGUCUGGUCUACGAUUGUGUAUGACCCCAUCGCCUGUUGGGCGUGGAAUUACAAUGGUUGGUCGAAUUUACUGGGAGGUCUAGAUUUCGCUGGAGGUACCCCCGUACAUAUCUCGUCCGGUGCUGCGGCUCUUGCUUUUUGUCUUGUCGUUGGAAGACGUCAGGGACACGGAACUGACGAAUUUAAACCCCAUAAUGUUGCCAACACUGUAAUUGGAACCGCUUUCCUCUGGUUUGGCUGGUUUGGCUUUAAUGGAGGUUCUGAAUUAGCAGCCAAUAGCCGUGCUGCCACGACUUGUUUUGUGACCAACUUAGCUGCAUCGGUUGGCGGUCUCACUUGGUGUCUAUUUGACUACAGACUUGAAGGGAAAUUAUCAGUCUUAGGUUUCUGUUCUGGCGCCGUUGCUGGCCUCGUCGCCAUUACCCCCGGUUCCGGUUAUGUUGGCACACCAGCUGCUGUUGUGUUCGGAAUGGUUGCCGGUGUCGUAUGCAAUUUGGCUGUAAAAUUAAAGCACAGAUUCAAUUUCGACGAUGCUUUAGAUGUAUUUGCUGUACACGGAAUUGGUGGAUUGUGUGGAAAUAUUCUUACCGGUAUUUUCGCUCAGAAAUCUAUCAUCGCUGCCGAUGGCACAAAUCUCCCUGGAGGCUGGAUAGAAGGACAUUGGCCCCAAGUCGCUUAUCAACUUGCCGACUCUGUCGCCGGAAUGGCGUAUUCUUUCACUGCAACAUACAUUAUCCUUUCUGUUAUGAACUUAAUUCCUGGGCUUACACUUCGUGCAGCUCCGGAAGCCGAAGCCAUCGGUCUUGACGAGACGGAAAUUGGCGAAUUGGCAUAUUACCACGUUGACAGGCUUAUUGCGGUGAACACCAAAACUGAUGAAGAAAGGAUUACGAAGGAGGAAACUGUUCGCCUACAAAAAGAGGUUUCGUAG